GGCUUUCUCCCCUCAUUAGAACAUCGGAAACAGAGUUGGCAGGCUGAGUCCGGAAAGCUCGCACAACCCUGGGAUCUGUGCUUGUGGACAGAGCAGAACUCUGACCUCCUGAGACACAGCGUUUUGAUGCAUUUCUGGUGGGGCCUUCCUCUGUGGCAGGAGCUGGGGGAGCUGUGGUCAGGGACCAGCAGGAAACAAGUAGACAGCAGUGACAACUCAGCACUGCCACUGUGGGAAGUGCCUAGAGGCCUAGGUGGGCAGGCAGCCCGGGGAGGGUUCUGGGACUCAGGAUGAGCAGGGUUCACACGGCAAGGCCUGUGAGGCUGGAGAGGAGCUGCUGGGCUCCAAGCACCAGGCUCUUGGGAAUAGUUAACCCACUCACCCAUCAGGAGUGGGCCUCAGGGGUCCCAUGCACCACCCCUGCCACUCAGAUAGCACACCUGAGGUCCAGGACAGAAAACAUGUGUCCCCUCCCUCUAUCCUCCCAUCCCCAAAGCGUCAGAUGGAGUUCACUCUCCAUUCCCCACCUGGUGCUAACUCCAUGCCCUGGGUCUGAGACAGUGGACUCUGGGACACUGGGCCAGGCCCAGACCUUCGCAUACUUAGCAGGGUGCAGCCACUCAGGGAAGUCAAUCUAGCAAUAGCCUGGCAAGCUGCGAGGCCUGGUUCUGUUUGUGCUUUUUGCUAAGUUAGAAAGCCUGUGACCCAGAUGGAUAGGAGAUACCCCCACUGUCCUCCAGGCAACACUGAGCAUGAAACAGCAAGGCUCCCAGGGUUGGGGCUUGCAAGUGCUGGAGGCAUCCGAGCGCUCUUUUCUGGGCUCCCAUACAAGGCAGCCCUCUAUGAGGACCUGUUCACUUGUUCCUUCCAGGCUCCUCCCGGGCUCUGCCUCCGCCGAAGCAUGAAUGGCCUCGAAGUGGCCUCCCCAGGUCUGAUGGCAAACUCCUCCUUGGCCACUGUGGAUCAGUGUGGCCAGGAGACGUGGCUGGAGAACAUCCUCUUUGCCUCCUUCUACCUCUUGGAUUUCCUCCUGGCUUUUGUCGGCAAUGCCCUGGCCCUGUGGCUUUUCAUCCGGGACCACAGGUUAGGCACCUCCGCCAAUGUGUUCCUGAUGCACCUGGCUGUGGCCGACCUGUCCUGUGUGCUGGUCCUGCCCACCCGCCUCGUCUACCACUUCUCAGGGAACCACUGGCCAUUCGGGGAAAUCCCCUGCCGCCUCACCGGCUUCCUCUUCUAUCUCAACAUGUAUGCCAGCAUCUACUUCCUCACCUGCAUCAGCGCCGACCGCUUCCUGGCCAUUGUGCACCCUGUCAAGUCUCUCAAGCUCCGCAGGCCCCUCUACGCCCACCUGGCCUGUGCCUUCCUCUGGGUGGUGGUGGCCGUGGCCAUGGCCCCACUGCUGGUGAGUCCACAGACCAUGCAGACCAACCACACCGUUGUCUGCCUGCAGCUGUACCGGGAGAAGGCCUCAAACCACGCGCUCGUGUCCCUGGCCGUGGCCUUCACCUUCCCGUUUGUCAUCACGGUUACUUGCUACCUGCUGAUUAUCCGCAGCCUUCGGCAUGGCCCCCGUGUGGAGAAGCGCAUCAAGAACAAGGCGGUCCGCAUGAUCGCUGUGGUGCUGGCCAUCUUCCUGGUCUGCUUCGUGCCCUACCACGUCCACCGCUCCGUCUACGUGCUGCAUUACCACGGCAGUGGUGCUUCAUGCACCGCCCAGCGUGCCCUGGCCCUGGGAAACCGCAUCACCUCUUGCCUCACCAGCCUCAAUGGGGCACUCGACCCCAUCAUGUACUUCUUUGUGGCCGAGAAGUUCCGCAACACCCUGUGCAACCUGCUCUGUGGCAAAAGGCUCUCAGGCCCGCCCCCCAGCUUUGAAGGGAAAACCAAUGAGAGCUCACUGAGUGCCAGGUCAGAGCUGUGAGCUCUGGACACCACCCUGAACUGCUGCAGACUCUUUCAAGACAAUUCCCUUAGGGUUCUCUGGUUUCUCCCAGACUCACAAAGAAGUAGCCCACCUUCUCCCCAGCCAUGCCUGAGAAAAGGAACUGAAAUCUCAGCAGGUCACCACUACUCCCUCCAAGGUGGGAACUCAUCACCCAGGGCCAAGUCCUGUCUUACCCAGUGCACAAAUCCCUAGAAAGGGAGAACUGUUGACUAGAUCCAGUCAGCUGGCCCCUCUGCAGAUUGCAUUGGCCCGCUCAUUUACAACUGCUGGAAACUCAGUGACUUUACUCCAUGGUCAGGGGGUGGGGCAAGGAGGCCAGAGGAAUAACUCCUGAACCACAAGUGUCUCUCUUUCCCAAGUGCCGCCUGCCAGCUCCCAGCCUCCUUCCCACUGCAGAAACACAGCAGCAAAGCUCUGCAGAAAGAACCCGGAACGCAGCUGCAAAAGGCCCAAUGAGAAGAGGGGAUGUGGGAAUCUCAUGAGGAGUAGGAAGGGUAUCUAAAUAUUUCCUGUGAAGUGCAAAGUGCUUUGAGUUCCCUUUGUGGCACCUCUGCCAGAUGACCCCUGAGUUUAGGGGACACAAACUGUUAUACCUGAACACUGUAAGUACAUUUCAGGCUGGUCGCCAGGUGACAUACAGCAAACAUGGCCUGUGGAGCACAUCGUUUCUUGAUCCCCCUGCUGUAAACCCUCCCACAGACCUGCACAUGACCUGACAAUCCCCAGAGCUGCUCAGCAGCUGCCCAGUCUGAGUCCUGGUCGAGCACACAGCCUGGGCAGACAACCACGCUUUGUUACUGCCUGAGGGUGCCAUGGCCGGGGAACCGGGUCCUAGUGCACGAACUUGCCUCUCACUAACUCAGACCCAGCAGGGGUGUCCGUAGCCCCAUUCCCUCCCAGGAGGCCUCUACCAGCCUCGACUGGCCAACCUUUGAGCUGUUUUACUUCAUAAUGUGGCACAUAUCACCCUAACAGGUCUUUUUUUGUACUCAAUUAUACUGAUCAUUAACAGAAUUGUACUCUAAGAUUCUGAAGAUCAUUGUGUCUGAUUAACACAACACCCUUCCUCGAACUUCUCCCUUCAACCCGAUAAUGGCAAAGUGGAGGUAAACAGAGCAGAGAUAGUGCUUGCUCUGGACCGUGGUUCUGACAACCCCUGGU